AUGACCGAAACAGCUGCAGAUACUGUAAUGGAUGUUAAAGUUGAUCAAACUACCGAAACAACAGAUAUCCUACCAAAUCAAACUAUAUAUGUUAAUAACAUUAAUGAAAAGUUAUCUCAGAAAAAAUUAAAAGAGCAAUUAUAUGGUUUAUUCUCCAAAUAUGGAACGAUAUUAGAAAUUAUAUCAUCUAAAAGACAAAAGAUGAAAGGUCAAGCAUUUAUAGUAUUCCAAGAUAUAACAGCUGCAUCAAAUGCAUUACGUGAAAUGAAUGGAUUCUCUUUCUUUGAUAGAAAUAUUAAUGUACAAUAUAGUAAAAAUAAAUCCGAUGCAGUAAGUAAAUUGGAUGGUACCUAUGUUGAAAAGAAGAGAGAAAGAGAAACGGAACAAGAAAAGAGAAAGGCAAAGAAGCAAGACAACAAAAAAUCGACCAAACAAUCAAAGACCACUUCUACUUCAACUCCAUCUGGCAAUGUUGCUCCACGUGAAGCUCCUCCCAACAGAAUUCUAUUUGUUGAGAAUCUUCCUGAUAAUUGUCAAGAAAUGAUGAUACAAAUGUUGUUCUCUCAAUUCCCUGGAUUCCAAAGUGUAAACAUGACAACAGCAAGAAAGGGUGUUGCUUUUGUAGAAUAUGACGAUGAUAUUAAAUCUGGUUUGGCAAUGUCUCAUUUACAAGGAUUCAAAGUUACUUCUGAUAGACCAAUGGUAAUUUCAUUUGCUGCACAAUAA